CAUGCUUCAAACGCUGUACAGUAGGGUAGUACGUAGAGCUAGCUUAUGUGCUAUUGACUAUGCACGAUGACACGUAGGUAGCUAGCCCAAGACCUAAGAUUCUUGACUCAAGACGUUUUAUUAUGUUGUAUGGAUCGUAGCUAAAAAGUAAGACACACGACUAGAGAACAGCAUAAGAAUUCUUGGAUUGGAAAACUACAGCUAACUACACAUUAAGGAAACAUGGCGUCAAACAACGACAAGCGAAGUAAGACUGAAAAGGUCAUCAUGGUCACUGGUGCGUCAGGACUUGUUGGUCGAGCCAUCCAGGCCGUUGUUGCAGAAGAAACAUCAAGACCUGAAGAGAAGUUCAUCUUCCUCUCAUCAAAGGAUGCCGAUUUGGUGUCUGAGGAGGAGACAAGACUGUUAUUUGAGAAGCAUCGUCCAACGCAUGUUAUCCAUCUAGCUGCCAGGGUUGGAGGACUCUUUGCGAACAUGAAAUACAAUUUGGACUUCUUUACUGACAAUCUGAAGAUAAACACCAACAUCCUAAACAACGCGUUUAAGUUCGAUGUAGAGAAAGUGGUGUCCUGUUUGUCUACCUGCAUCUUCCCCGAUAAGACGACGUUUCCUGUCGAUGAGACUAUGAUCCAUAAUGGGCCCCCUCACCCCUCAAACUUUGGCUACGCAUACGCCAAGAGGAUGCUAGAUGUAAUGAACAGGUGCUACAAAGAUCAGCACAACUGUAAAUUCACUUCUGUGGUUCCAACCAAUGUGUACGGGCCUUGGGAUAACUUCAACCUAGAGGAGGGUCAUGUUAUACCUGGACUUGUUCACAAGGUGUUCACAGCUAAACGAGAUGCGACGCCUUUUUAUAUUUGGGGUACAGGCUCACCGCUACGGCAGUUCAUCUUCUCCCGUGAUUUAGCCAAACUGUUCCUUUGGGCUAUACGCGAGUAUGAAGAAGUAGACCCGAUUAUCUUUUCUGUAGGCGAGGAGGACGAGAUCACAAUCAAAGAGGCUGCUGAUCUUAUUGUUGAGGCCUUCGACUUCAAAGGGCCUGUUAUUCUUGACACCAGCAAAUCUGAUGGCCAGCUAAAGAAGACUGCGGAAAAUACAAAGUUGAGAAAGUACCUUCCAGACUUCAAGUUUACUCCAAUCAAAGAGGGUAUCAAGGAGACUGUGGACUGGUUUGUGGAGAAUUACGAUAUCGCACGCAAAUGAGUAGUGCAAUCAUUAGUAUCUUAGCCUGUGCCUUCAGCAAUGGCUAUGGCUGGAUCUUGCAGCCAAAAGCCACAGCCUCAACUACAAUCCCUUUGAUUCAUUCAUGCUGCUCUAAAAUGUUUUAUUUUUGUUGUAAUUCAUUUUGGGGUUGAGGGCACUAUUUUUCUUUGAAAGUAUCAAAGGCAUACUACAUGGUUUUGAUUAUAACAUGUCCUGUACAUGUAUCUCGGCCUUUCUAUGGCUAAGCAGCUGAUCUCAGUACUUGUUUAUCUCAAAAUGUUAUUUCUUUUAAGUUAGACCCGAGUUAGACAUGUUUUUUUUAAAAGUUGGACGUGAGUUAGAUGCGUUUUUUUUGGGUAAAACAGCAAUUCUCUGUACAUGUACAUGUACUUGUUAAUCUUGAAAUGCUAUUUUUUUUAGUAGGACUGUGUUAGGGUCAUGUCACACAAGGCAAUUUACAGGCAACCUCCAAGAAGUAAAUGCCUUCGCAUUAUGUUCACAUAUUUUUCUUGGGGAUCUUAAGACAUUGUUUGAAAAAAUAAUCGUGUGCUACUGAACUGUUUUUCCAAAGAACUUAGAAGUGCUUUAUGACCUUUCAUGACCCUACAUUGGUAGGCUAAAGGACAUUAUAGGAUUGAUAUUAAGUCAUAUUUUUUUUGAAGAUGUCACAAACCUCAGUACGUUCCAUUAAUUGUUUUGAUUUAUACGUAAGGUUAACCGUUUGACUGUUUAAUAAGAUUUUCUCAUUU